UGUUGUGCUGACGUCACUAGUAGCGUCAUUAGCCGAGGCUGCGGGCUGACGGUAAAUAUCGAUCAGAGCUGGCAGACGUUUACAUCACUUUUCUUCACUUAAAUCAAAACAGCCCAAAUUCUCCGAUAGAAAAACAACCCUUAUUUAUUUCCGGGCAGUCUGAAGGAGAAAAAAGGAGGAGCAACAUGUUCUACACCUGUGGUCCCAACGAGGCGAUGGUGGUGUCAGGUUUCUGUCGUUCUCCUCCAGUGAUGAUCGUCGGAGGUCGAGUCUUCGUCUUCCCCUGUGUUCAACAGAUACAGAGGAUCUCCCUCAACACUCUGACUCUGAACGUGAAGAGCGACAAAGUCUACACUCGCCACGGCGUUCCCAUCUCUGUGACGGGCGUGGCCCAGAUGAAGAUCCAGGGUCAGAACAAACAGAUGCUAGCUGCAGCCUGUCAGAUGUUCAUGGGAAAGUCAGAGCCGGAAAUUGCACAUAUCGCUCUGGAGACGCUGGAGGGCCACCAGAGGGCGAUCAUCGCACACCUGACUGUAGAGGAGAUCUACAAGGACCGUAAGAAGUUCUCCGAGCAGGUUUUCAAAGUGGCCUCCUCCGACCUGGUCAACAUGGGCAUCAGCGUGGUCAGCUACACCCUCAAGGACGUUCACGACGACCAGGACUACCUCCACUCUCUGGGGAAAGGUCGCACGGCGCAGGUUCAGAAGGACGCUCGCAUCGGAGAAGCUCAGAACAAGAGAGACGCCGUGAUCAGGGAGGCCCAGGCCAUGCAGGAGAAAGUCUCGGCCCAGUACAAGAAUGAGAUCGACAUGGCCAAGGCUCAGAGAGACUACGAGCUGAAGAAGGCGGCCUACGACGUCGAGGUGAACACCAAGAAGGCGGAGUCAGAGAUGGCCUAUCAGCUGCAGGUGGCGAAGACGAAGCAGCGAAUCGAGGAGGAGAAGAUGCAGGUGCAGGUGGUGGAGCGCACGCAGCAGAUCAUGCUGCAGGAGCAGGAGAUCACACGCAGGGAGAAGGAGCUGGAGGCCAAGGUGAAGAAACCAGCGGAGGCCGAGCGCUACAGGCUGGAGAAACUGGCCGAGGCUCAGAGGAUGAAGUUGAUCAUGGAGGCCGAGGCUGAGGCCGAGUCCAUCAGGGUCAAAGGUGAAGCCGAGGCGUUUGCAGUGGAGGCCAAAGGUCGUGCUGAGGCGGAGCAGAUGGCCAAGAAGGCGGAGGCGUUCCAGCAGUACAAGGAUGGAGCCAUGGUGGACAUGCUGCUGGAGAAGCUGCCUCUGAUGGCAGAAGAGAUCAGCAAACCUCUGUGUGAAGCCAAGAAGGUGACCAUGGUGUGCAGCGGCGGCGCCGAGGUGGGCGCAGCCAAACUGUCGGGCGAGGUGCUGGACAUCAUGACCCGCCUCCCCGAGGCCGUGGAGAAGCUGACCGGAGUCAACAUCUCCCAGGUGUCCUCUCGUACAGGCUGAAGAGAGUGGAGCAGCAGACCCUCAGUCUGGACUGUUUGUGAACUGCACUUCCUCCCUCGCCCUGCACCGAGCUGAUCUCUGAUCUCUGACCUCUGAUCUUUGACCUCUGAUCUCUGAUCUCUGACCUCUGAUCUUUGACCUCUGAUCUCUGAUCUCUGACCUCUGAUCUUUGACCUCUG